UUGGGAGAGUUUCAAUGAUAAUCGAGAAAUGGCACAUGACAGUGCUGAUACAGGUGGAGAUGCUGUUAUCAAUUACGAAUUACCGAUCGGUUAUAUUGGGCUCAUCAACAAGUGGUUUGUUCCAAGUAAGGAACUUGAAGAGAUCUAUGCACGAUAUGCUGUCGCCUAUAACUCACCGCUUGAAACAGAUGCUACUGCAAUACAUGUUCAGACCUGUUCUAAUCUUAUGUUUGUUGGGCGAUUUGCUGAUGCUCUUCUUCUUGGUGUCCAAUAUCCGCCAUACUCACGCAAUAAUAGUUUUCUACUUGAUCAAGUACAUGAAUAUUACUACGGUGGUUUGACAAAUAUGGCUCAGCUGACAGUUCGAUAUUGGGAUCAGAUUAUUGCAAUGUACGAACAAGGAACGGAUAUUUGUACAUUUUCCAAUAAUAAUCCAUACUAUCUGAAUUGUUUCAUUCCUCACCAUGUCACACAUCAACAACAGCAAGAAUUGACAUCGUAUGUUCAAUCAACAUCUUCCGACUAUUUACCUUCUUCGGACAAUUCUCUUGCGUUAUUGCCAACAUUUGGCAACACCGAAAUUUCGACUGGACUCAUUUCAAAUCAAAGUUAUGCAGCAUUUGGUCAUGCAACACUCUUCGGUGAUUUUAACGGUGAUGGACUUACCGAUCUUGUCGUGUCGGCACCCGAUUAUUAUGUACUCGGAUGUGCUCAAGGUGGUCGAGUGUUCAUCAUCUAUGGUCAAGUGAAUCGUCCUCUCGUACCCGAUCGUCGAAUUUCGGUUAUUGAAGGACUUGCCGAUCAAACAAUUAUUUCACCAGAAUGUGAUGGUGAUCGAUUCGGUUCAGCAUUGGCUCGCCUUGAUUGGAACAACGAUGGAAUUGACGAUCUGGUCGUUAGCAGUCCAUCACACGGAUUUGGCUUUGUAGGAGCAGUAUUUGUGUUUGCCGGUGGUGCACAAGGUCUUCAAUCACAACCAUAUAAGAGUAUUUAUGGAGUGAAUCAACAUGACUCGAUCGGAUUCGAACUACAUACGGCACAUCUCGAUAAUGAUAAUCGGCUUGAUUUGAUCAUUACCAGUCCAUACGCUCAACCGAACGGUUAUAAUCAACCGCAACAAGGAGCUGUAUGGAUCUUCCUGAGUUCUGGCCAUCAUAUGUCGAAUGAUAAACUCACUGUUGCCGCUGCAUCGUUCACCAUUUGGGGUGAAACAGCGAAAUCGAAAUUUGGCUAUUCACUUGAAAUUAUUCCACCAUCGUGCAUCAAUAGUGUGACUUAUCCAGCUCUCAUAAUUAGUGCACCAGCCGACAAGGGUAAACUUGAUAUUCCUGUACUUGUUUCAAUUGAGGGUGAUAUGAUCUUUGAACGUCUUGGUACAACAGUUCAAUGGACACCCGACGCACAAGAUUCAAUCGCUCUAGACACUGAAGAAACAUGGAAAACUUAA